AUGGCUCUGGUAUCGCUGGUGGCUUGGCUGCUCCUUGGAGGAUGUGGCAGCGUCUACGGACAGCUCCUCGAAGAGGACUGCGGUGUCGCGAGCGUUAUGCAGGCCAUGGUGGCCGGCGGCGAGGAUGCAGCACUGGGAACCACUCCGUGGAUGGCGCACCUGUACGCAAAUGGACAAUUCGUAUUCCCCAGAGACACUGCCAAGAUACAUUCUGAACAUUCUGUCGCCUGCAGAGGCGUGCGGUUGGGGGAGUACGAUACCAGGACGGUGGAGGAUUGCAGGCAGGGAGAGUGUGCCCCACCGCCCACGGAUCACGCCGUCGUAAACGUCUACAGGCAUGCCUUUUAUACGUCGGUGGAAUACUACGAUAUUGCUCUCCUGAAAAUGCAACAGAGUGUGGCCUACACAGCCAACAUCCGACCCAUCUGCAUUCUGCUGGACACGACAGUGCAGCAACGGAUAGACAGCCUUCGGGAGUACACUCUCACCGGAUGGGGCCUGAUGUGGGGCGGACAGCGGGCCUCCGUGCUGCAGACCGUAAACUUGACCCAAAUCGAUCGAUACACCUGCGCCCGGCACGGCUACCGCAUCGAUCACACGCACAUCUGUGCCGGGGAUUUCCGAAGACAUGCCUGCGUCGGGGACUCUGGAAGCCCUGCAAUGGCGUGA